UGGGCGUUUGGGUGUAGUUAUCUGUCAGUGUCUGUACACAGUUGAUCACUUAGCUGAACAUAUAAAUUUUAUCUUUUUAACAUCUUUUGCAGUGAUUUGGUAAAGCAUGAACUGGAAUUUGUUUCUUUUCACAUGUCUGACUACGACGAGUAUAUUUCUUCUUCAACGUUCUGAAGGAAAUGAAAUAUUUCUACAUGCUGCUUCAGCUACGCUUUCUCCAAAUACUUACAGUAAGCAAAAUCCUCAAACUCAUGCCGUCGAAUGGGCUAGAGCGUCCAAUGCCAUUGAUGAAGACAACAGAGAGGGAAGUAGCGGUGGGACGUUUGACGAAUUUAUGAAAUGUGCAAUUGCAGCUGCGGAUCCAGUCGCCAGGCAGUCUGGAAAAAAACCAAUGCAGUACUUAAAAAUAGAAAUGACACGCGAGGAGGACAUUUCAUACGUAAAACUACAUCUGAGAGACGGUUUGAACAGACGAAGGCAACAGAAUGGACUUACGGUCAGUGUCAGCAACAGCGACAACAUCGAUUCUGCUACACGUUGUAGCGAUAAAGUGUACAAUGCUUAUACGCAUGGGCAAUCGCCAGUGUUUGUUUGCAUGAAUCAAGCACGCUACAUUUGGGUCGUACUACCAAACAGUCCAUGGGAUCUUCAAGUUUGCGAAGUUCGAGCAUACACUGGUCCGAUGAAUUUGAAUGUUACGGGAAUUACGUCCUUGUCAGACGGCCCAUUUACUUUAGAAGGUGUCACGGGAAGCGCUGCUAAUGCUGUUGAUGGCAAAUCAGCGAUCGGUCAAUCAAAAGGACUUGGUUUUGGUCAAUCAAAAGGACUUGGUUUUGGGUCCUGUGCUGUCAAUAAUUACAGAAGAAACGACAAAGUUCAGUUUCUUCGCAUUUUUCUCUAUCAAAGACAACCGAUUCUUUCUGUUCGUUUGCACUUGAGAGACCCAGCAGAAGGCUUUACAGCAACAGGCUAUUACAGCAGACUCGGCAGCGUAAAUGUUAGCGUUGGUAACUUAAGCAAUGUGAACGAUGCACGACGACAGUGUGGGUCGUCGUAUCAAGCAAGCCAAGGACAAUCACCAUUGUUUAUCUGCUAUGCUACUGGAAGUUAUGUCUGGUUGACUGUAAGAGCAAACUAUUUUCUUGAGGUCUGUGAAGUGGAAGUUUAUGCAGAUGUUCAUUGCACUCCUCCUGAUGCUCCUGCCAACGGCAAAUACAGUAUCACAAAUGAUUCCGUGGGUGGGUCUUUGUCAGUGGAAUGCAAUGAAGGGUAUAAACCCACAUCUUCUGACCCGAUUACAUGUGAGAACAGUGGAAAUUGGAGUCAACCGUUUCCAACGUGCAAAGCUGGUUGUAAUAAACAUGACAAUCCACAGAACGGGAAUGCUUUGGCGUCUACUGAUGAAUCUGGAGAAAUAACAAACGUAGCAUACUCUUGCAACAAAGGCUACCAUCUUAUUGGAAACAAAACUCGAGAAUGUGAUCAUGGAAGUUUGACGGGAGAUCCUCCAAUAUGUCAGGCGGUGAGUUGUGGAUUACCUCCUACCGUGAAUAACGGAAAUUAUUCUGGAAAAGUGUUUUCUUACGGAAACACAGUUGAAUACACAUGCAAAAAGGGCUAUCAUUUGGAGGGUCCUAGAGUCAUCAUAUGCCAGAGUAACAGGACGUGGAAUAUAACAAAGAAUUUGAAGUGUGAACUUUACUGUGAAAGACCUGUAAUUCCUCAUCCUGGACGAAUCACCAACAUUUCACCUGACAUUACUGAAUUUCCGUUGAACACAACAUUGAAAUACGGCUGUGAAACAGGAUACCUACUUGCAAAUAAUUCAGGAAAGUACAGUACCUGUCGGUCUAACGGGUCAUGGUCAUUGGAAUCUCCUUCAUGUCAUGCUGUCACAUGUCUUCCUCCAAUUUCUUCCUCUAAACGGAACUAUACCAUUCUAGACGAAAAGUUCUCUUAUCAGGGUAGAUUAAGGUUUACGUGUUCCAGCGGAUUCUACCUGAAUGGCUCAGAGUAUGCACAAUGCCAGGCGAACGGAACUUGGAACGCAUCUUUACCUUCAUGCAUACCGUUUUGUGAGCCUCCUCAACUCACGAAUGGAUACCUUGAAUUUAGCGACAAUAAUGGAGAGCAUGACGUUGAUAGUACAGUGAUGUACCAUUGUGAUCAAGGUUUUGAGUUAUCUGAUGACAAAUGGAAAACAAGAAGAUGCCAAGAAAACAGAAAGUGGUCAGGAACGGCACCAACAUGUUCUCGUGUCAACUGCGGAGCACCUACUGUUUCGGGGAAUGGCUACUAUACUGGACAGACCACCACCUACGAGUCUAUUAUAGAAUUCGGUUGCAACGAUGGCUAUUACAUUGACGGUGCUAAGAAAGCCAAAUGUCUCCAUACAAAAGAGUGGGACAAGAAGGCACCAAAAUGCAUCCCGUUUUGUGAGCCUCCUCAACUCACGAAUGGAUACCUUGAAUUUAGCGAUAAUAAUGGAGAGCAUGAUGUUAAGAGUACAGUGACGUACCGUUGUGAUCAAGGUUUUGAGUUAUCUGAUGACAAAUGGAAAACAAGAAGAUGCCAAGAAAACAGAAAGUGGUCAGGAACGGCACCAACAUGUUCUCGUGUCAACUGCGGAGCACCUACUGUUUCGGGGAAUGGCUACUAUACUGGACAGACCACCACCUACGAGUCUAUUAUAGAAUUCGGUUGCAACGAUGGCUAUUACAUUGAUGGUGCUAAGAAAGCCAAAUGUCUCCAUACAAAAGAGUGGGACAAGAAGGCACCAAAAUGCAUCCCAUUCUGCAGGAAGCCGUCUAUUCUUGAUAAUGGUGUCAUCGUUGUUUUGAAACGUGGUGCAAAUGACAACCAGUUGGACGUCGGUACUCUUGUGGAAUACAGAUGUCUUCAGGGAUACGUGUACAAGGUUAAGUCCAACAUUAGGAAAUGUACUGGACCGCUCACGUGGUCAGGAGUGGCACCCAAGUGCACACGGGGAGAUUGCGGAAAAUCUAUUAAUGUUGAAAACGGCUUUUGUAAAUUUACGCACAGUUAUAUGGACGGCAAAAGAACGUGUGAAUGCAACUCCGGCUACAAGUUUCCUGAUUCUCUUGAUCGGGAAAAACUUGCGACGUGUAACGUCGCCCAAAAUGUUGCAAAAUGGAGCAAGUCUCUUCCAAUAUGCAAAAAGAUAACGUGUCCACCAUUGGUUCAAAAUAGAAGAUUAAACACAUAUUUGAACUACACCGGAAAUCAUUACAUGAACAUUUCGACAUACAGUUGUCCGUCUGGCUAUAAAGCAGUGAAAGGUCACUUCCAGAGACGUUGCCAAUUUGACGAAACGUGGACGAACCAAUCUCUGGAGUGUGCCAAAAAAACGUGUGGUCGUUUAGAAAAUCCUAGAAAUGGCUUUGUAAUACAAGGACAAACUAACGCAGAUGAAUACGGUAGACAAGUGACAUAUUUCUGUAACACGGAGUUCAAGAUAAAGGGUUCUGAAGUUAGAAAAUGCGGCGCUUCAGGACAAUGGGACGGAGAAGAACCGAUUUGUCAACACGUAUGCGCAGCUGUCAAUUGCCAGCCAUCUGAAGAGUGCCACUACAACAGCGCCACGAAAAAAGGCGAAUGUCGGUGUAUGGAUGCAUCUCAAUGCCCAUCGGAUUUCGAUCAAGUUUGUGGCUCAAACGGGAAAACCUACAAUAACAAAUGUUUGAUGAAAGUGGCAACCUGCAUUGAGGGAAGGCACGAUGUUACCGUUGCAGCAGUAGGAGGAUGCCGCUUUGGUGGAGUUUGCAGUGAUUCUCAACCAGCACCUCCAAAUAGUGUUACGUGCAGAGCACAUAUCUACAGAUAUUGGUUCAACUCUAGCAGCGGACAGUGUGAACGUUUCCCCUACGGCGGCUGCUUUAAAGGAAAGAACAACUUCUACACGCCAAACGAUUGUGAACAGACAUGCAUUCAUAGUGACGUUUGCAAACUACCGUUUGAUGGUGGUAAAUGCAACGUGAUGGAGAGCAGACGAUAUUUUUACAACUCUUCAUCUAAGCAGUGUCAGGAAUUCCAGUACGGUGGGUGUUUUGGUAAUGAAAAUCAUUUCUCAACUAACGACCUAUGCUUGAAGAAAUGUUGCGAAUGUUCGUCUAAAGUUCCUCGAAAAGAUGCUAUCUCAAACAAUGCAGCAUUGGUUGUGGUACAAGUAAAGUCGGUAGAAACGUCCGGCAGUGGGAAGGUCAUCUACAACGUCAAACUGACAGAAAUAUGCAAAGCAAAACGUGGUCGGCCUAAAAAGUUAAAGAUUGGAAAGUCACUGUCUGUGUUUGCAAAUCAAGCAUUCGACCAAGCCUCCAACUGCUUGUGUCCAAAGUUAGUAAAUGGUAGAACUUACCGGGUUGCCAUCAAUCUACGAGCAGGUGGAAAACUGAAUGAAGUUGAAAUACCGAAGUUGUUCUACUUGAAGGAGUCAAGUUCUUGCGAUAAUUCUGGGACCAAAUGACGUUAGUGUAUGGGAAGUUAUAGACAUAAAGUCAAACAUCUAGGCAUUAAGUGUUAUUCGAGACAAACAAUUUAAUUGUUAAUGCAGCAGUAGUUUGUGAUGAGAUUUAUGAUCAUAAUGAAUAUUGAUUGUUUGAGAGUA